AUGAAUCAUGUAUUCCGGCGGCUGCCGCGCCAACUGACGACAUCUCCUCCGCGCAGACACUCUUGUCUCCCACUCCCCCUAUGCCACCCAGCCGUGCGCCACUUCUCGUCCAAGCCAGCCGAACGACCUGGGGAUACGAAAGCCAGAAAACUCGACCAAAAGUUCUUGGACCAACAGGAGCAGGAAGUAAAGGUCCGACAGCACCAGAUCAAAAGACCAUGGCACCGCGAGGGAGCCGACAAGCCUACCGUGGACCCAAAAGGCGAAGACAUCCAACCCAUCACCAAAGGCAAACUCCUGACCACGCCCACUCGGCUCCUGAAACUGAUCCUUCCUUUGCCCAUGGGCGUCGAGAAGGACAGGCAGAACAACGGCAACAGUGACGAUAAAGAGAAGCCCGAUUAUGCCCGUUCGAUAUCUCAAAAUGACACCAUUCAGCCCCUAGCCAUACUGGUCCACCCGCAACAACCGCUAUCCUACGUCGAGCGCCUCAUCCAAGCCGAGCUACCACCUGUGUUGGAAGACGGUAAAGAAAAGAUUCCGAGUAUAUAUUUCCGGGCCGAGGAUACCGAACAUGGUGAUCAAAAACCGACAAGCCGAUCCGAAGCGCGAAAAAAGGACGCCGGGGGACAAGACGCGUCGAAGAGAACACACGUGGCGUCGUACUCUGGGUUGGGCCACGAGGGCCCCGAGAGGGAAGGGAAGGAAAAGCGCUGGGUCCGUUGGAGCUCGAGCACCGAGAUGGGAGACUUCAUCCGUGAUGCAGCACGAGGGCGCGAGUUUGCCAUCGAAGUCGAAGGCUAUCACCUGGAGAUGCGCGUGACGGUGCCGAGUUUCAACGACAGGACAUUCUACAUGCGAUCCAGGCUGCGAAAGAUGAGCCAUGAGCUAGACAGGCUGGCCAAGAUCAAGAAGGAGUGUGACUUGCUGGCGCAUCGUGGUGCGAACCUGUUGGCCAAGGGAGGAUUCGGAAUUUUGACGGGCUGGUGGGUGAUUGUGUACUAUGUCACGUUUCAUACCGAUUAUGGGUGGGAUCUCAUUGAACCAGUCACCUACCUUGCCGGACUGACAACAAUCAUGGGCGGAUAUCUCUGGUUUCUCUAUAUCAGCAAGGAUCUCAGUUACAAGGCGGCCAUGAACGUGACGGUGUCGAGGCGACAGAAUGCCUUGUAUGAGGCGAAGGGCUUUGACUUGGAAAGAUGGGAACAGUUGGUGCAGGAAGCAAAUGCGCUGAGGAGGGAGAUCAAGGCGAUUGCCAUCGAGUAUGAUGUUGAGUGGGACGAUGCGAGGGACUUGGGAGAGGAGGUUAAGCAAGCUUUGGACGAGGAGAAUACCAAGAACGGAGAGGACAACCGGUCUGACGAGAAGGAAAAGGACGAGGAGUUUACAGAGGAGGAAAAGAAGAGGCAAGACAAGUCCAAGAAGAAGGAUUCUUGA